CUUUGUACAUUAUGUGAUGACUGACAGGAUGCUGGUGGUCUUUAAAAAGAAAUGUGACCUUCUGAAGAACUCUUUCUAGGUCACAGGCAAUCCUUUGCCUCAUAUGCAGAUGAUAUGCAACACUGACCUAUUGAAGAGUCUGAAACUUACAGGAAAGCAAGUUUGGAUUUGUUUUAGUACAUCAAUGGAUGUGUGAUUGACUGCAUGAAAAACUGCACUAAAGCUUUUAACCAAAUUCUCAAACCAAGGAAAGGCACAGUUUACUCCCAAAUUACAACUAUUCAUUAUUUCCUUUCUUCUAUGGAACAAAAGAUUGGUUUUAAAGAAUCUUCACACAGGCCUUUUUAUACAAAAUCACAGUUUGUUAGGGCUGGUUCGGCUACAAAUAUUAAAAAGCCCCAUAAAUGUAGUCCAUAUUAAUCCAAAUUGUGAUUGAAUAAUUCAGUCCAGUCUAUUGAAAAGACCCCAUGUAUUUGUAUUUACUGAUCCUAUUAUUAAUAAAUUUAUUUAUUAAUCAGUUAUUAAAAAUGAACUUUUUUAUUGUUACAGAAAAAAAAAAAACAUUAAAUUUGAAACGCAUGAGGGUUAAUGUAAAUUACAAAAUUCUCAUUAUGGGCUAAAGAGUUUCUUUAAGAAGUAAAUCAUAAAUCUUAUACUGUAAAUCUUUUAUUCGUAUGCUACACUUAUAAUUGCGAGAGCAGUUCUUGCUUGCAAGUGCAAAGAAAAAAAAAUCAAGAUGUAUGGUUUCCUGUCCAUGAUGUCACUAUUAUACCCUCUUCAGAUACGACUUUAUGCACAUUGGUUUGCCACAACUGCAUAUGAAUGCUGAUAUACCGACCAUAAAAUUCAUAAUAAUCCAUCCUGUGCAUGAGAGAAAGGAAGAAAGGAUCAGAGACAGAGAAUGAGAGAGAUAGACAGACGUCUUGUGUGUGUGUGUGUGUGUGUGUGUGUGCACGUAAGUGUGGGUGGGAAGUCUUAACCACACUGAAGGACCUUUUUAAAACUGAUGCUCAGCAACAACCUUUUCAAGACAUACUCUCUCGUCACUCACACCUUCACACACACCUCUGAGCUCUGCAGACAUGAGCAGUAACUCUGGCCAUCCGUCCCCGCCGGUGUUCGUGGUGGAUUCUGACAGAGGUCACCCUAAACAACAUCGGUAUUACCAUCAGCAGAUGCCCAGACAUGCAGAGCCACAGCUGGUGCCCUGCUGGACGUUCCCCCCUGCCCGAGCUGAGAUGAAGAGAAGGGGCUGGGGGGGGAUGAAUGCUGGGAUGGCUUGGGUACUCACAUUGAUACUCCUGAUGGUUUUUGCAGCCCUGGGACUGGGAGCCUAUCAGAUCCAGAGGUUACAGACUGAAGUGCAACAGCUGUCACAGGGAAUGCCCGCACAAAUGCAGAGCAUCGCUCCACAGAGACAAGUUGGCCUGAAUCCUGCUGAGCUGAACAGGAAGAAACAAAAAUCUGCUGCACACUUGAUAGGCCGUGCAGAACAGAGCACAGCAUCUGGCAUUCUGAAGUGGGAAGCAAAAUACGGCGAGGCCUUCACAGAAGGCGUCAAGUACAUCAACGGCGGCCUUCAGGUCAACGAGACCGGUCUGUACUUCGUUUACUCCCGUGUGGAGUUUUUCUCACGCACAUGCCACCCCAAAGACUUUUACGUUCACACAAUGCAUCUGCAGAGAAACAGCCACAACCGGACGAUCAUGGAAGAUCACCGAGAGGGCUUCUGUUCCGCGGUGAGCGGACAGUCGUGGAUGACCGGGAGUCACAUAGCCUCGCUUCAGCAUCUCAAGGAAACCGACUGGCUGUUUGUCAAUGUCUCACAUCUCAAACUGCUCAGCAAAAAUUAUCACAACAACUAUUUUGGCCUCUUCAAGAUUCACUGAUCAGUUAGGGGAUGCUUGGGACACGAUUGCGGGUUCAGAUGAAGAGGUCAGCAGUCUCUGGACUACUCUGAGAUCCUCAGAGCUUCAUUGCAAUGCAAUCUGUCUGCUUGGCAUUGUCAAAUCACAUUUGAUUUUGAAUGUAUCGGUUGCCUGUGGCUGUUAAGUUCUUUUGGAAGGUUGUGCAGAAGAGUUUCCGAUUGGACGAACACUAAUAUGCUUCUGUAUCAGGAGAAAGUAGAUUCAAUCCAAAUAUUUAUUUUCUUUAAAAGUAUGAUUGUAUAUUAAUAUGAGUAAUAUAUCUAUAAUCUGGUCAAUAAAGGUUUUA